GUCAAGCAGGAAGUCUCGAACAAUACUUACCCAAAAGAAGGCGCUAAUGGAUAGCGCAGCUGGUGCAGGAGAGACCAUUAAAAACUCUCAAGAGCAGACCACGACCAUCAAGAAGGUUUCCAAGUACAAAUAAGCCUGCUUAUCUGCAGUCUCUCAAUGAGGCUGAGAAAGCAGCUAAUUUCAAAAUUAUUGAUAAGAUGAAUAAGCGGAUUAACUUUUUAAGGAACCCGCGGUUCAAGGCCAAUAAGGCACCGAUUAUGCUCAACAAAAAACCAACAGGGAAUGCAUUUGACAAGAACAAUCCCUUCUCAGUUGAGCCGAGAGAGAUAGUUUUCAUGGAUUACCAAAUCAAUGGAGUUUAUGAAAUCCCUCUAAAAAUCACUAAUCAAUCUGGUAUCUCAAGAAGGUUCAAGUACCGGCCUCCUGAGAAGGAAUUUUUCUCAAUCAGGAAGAUCAAGUAUCCGUCAAAGAAGGAGAGCAUGAUUGCUCCAGGGAUGAGCAUCAUCAUGAACAUUGCCUUUACAGCACCUACAUUCGCAGAUUACGAUGACACUUUGACGAUUGUGACAGAGGAAAACUCUUUCGAAAUCCCCUUAAUAGCCAGGAGAGAUCCUCCCAAGAUUAAUUUAGCAAACCCUCUUGACUGCAAGUCAUGCUGGAUCGGAGAUAGAGUCGACAUGAGCUUCAGAUGUGUCAACACAGGUGGAGAUGGUGGCUUCAAGUUCUUCUGUGAAAGAGAUGAAGAUGACAAAAACCAAACAGAAGCAGACUCAAUCAAGCUAGGCCCUUUCAUUAUUUAUCCAAGCGAGUUUUAUCUCUAUUCCGGCAAUGGAAUUGAUAUAUAUGUGUCUUUCAAUCCAAAGGAAGAGGGAUGGGCAAGAGAGAACCUCAUUCUAGCAUGUGAUAAUCAUACUUCUGAGUUUUACACUCUCCAAGGGCUUGGAUCCAUGCUCGACCUAGAUGUAACAGAAGUAGAUGGGAGGUCUGUUGAUACUAAGUUACAUCCAUUACAGACAAUCUUCUUCCAGAACACUAAUCCUCAGACUGAGGCUUGAAGAGUGAUUACGAUCAAGAACUCGUCACCAAUUUUGAUUAAUUAUCACUGGUCCAUCUACAGAACAAGAAGCACCUCAAAGAUUCUUCUUCAGGAUGAGGAGACUCACUACAGGAUUGAGCCAAAUCAAGGUAAAAUAAGCGGGGAAGGCACUGAACAGUUCAAAAUAUUCUUCUCCCCAGAACAUGCCAGUCCUUACUAUGAGUUCUGUGACUUUGUCGUCGAAGGACUCCCAAUAGAUAGUAUGAGAAACCCACCAGAAGCUUUAAAAAUGUUCUCAGAUGCAACUAAAAACGAAGAUGUGAGAAUCACGAUGCCAACAUAUAUUGGAUCUAAUACUCCAUAUCUCAGUAUUCCUUACAUGCAAUACAACUUACGUGGUCAAGGCAAUUUCAGGAAGAUGUACCUUGAUCCACCAAUUCUUGACUACAAAGAGCCGUUACUGAUCAACAAGCCUUACACCACCUCUAUCAUAAUGCGGAAGGAGAAGAACAAAGACAGUAAAAAUCUUAGUGAAGGUCAAGCUACCCUAUAUAAAAAGAAAAUCUGGGUCGAAAGUGUCAGCGACGAGACAUUCGAAGUCAUCAUUGAUACUAAAAAGUUUGAUGAGUCAACCUCUUCAGAAGAUGACAUUGACAUCUCAGUGACCAUCCAAAGUACCACCACUGGAGUCAAAACUGCUUACUUAAGAGUUGAAAUUGAAGAUGGUGCUCCGCUCUCCUACUUCAUCCAAGCAGAGUUUGACGGCCCACUAAUCUCAAUAGUUGAACCAUGUGUGGAGUUUGGGUUACAAAAAGUUAACACCCAGGUAUCAUUCACUAUGAACGUGCAAAACCAUUCUUCUGUGGAAGCACCUAUCUUCAUCAAAAAUGGAAAUGACUUCCAAGACUUUAGCUACAUUCAGUACUGUGAAGCAUAUGAUGAGGAAGAAAACAAACAAAAGAAUCCAUCUAAAAUUCUAUCUGGAUCAGGUGGUAAACGGAAGAAAAAGAAAAAUUUGAAGAUAAUAAAGACUACUGGAGGGAACAAGAUCUCAUUUGCACAGCAAAAACUGACAAUUCCUGCAAACUCUAGAUCAGAGAUCACGGUCAAGCUUGAUUGUACCAGUGAAGAGGUGAUUUCAGAGAUCUUACAAAUCCUUGUCAAAGAUGGCUCCUCUCAGUUUAUCUACCUCAACGCCAACAUCCAAACAAUCAAAGUCUGUCUCAGUCGCUACAACAUCGACUUGGGUUUGAUCUACGCUGGAAUCAAGCAGAACAUUGACUCUAGGCAUUCUCAGUGUGUUGUCAUGAAGAACUACGGCAACCUUGCAGCCAAGUUCGACUGGAACGAACAAGUCAUUCCAGACAAAUGGAAGAUCCAGUUCGAUCCGCCCAGAGGGACUCUUGAGCCUCACCAAGAACUCGUCGUCAACGUCAAGCUGACUGCUUUCUCAGGAGGAGACAUGCACCAGAUCUUCACUUGCGAUGUGGCUGACUUCGACUAUCCGCUGGGGUUCGUGCUGAAGGCCAAUGUGUACGGGCUCAGGGUUUGCCACAUGCUUCCUGAUUAUGUAGUUGAGGCACAGAAAGCAGCUCUUUCAAUGACUAAUACUGCUCAAAGUAAACUCCUUACAACCAAAAACUUCAAAGGUAUUGAAGACGUCAAAGAAUCUGAAGAUGCUAAAGAUGAAGAAAAACUUAAAUUAAAAUCCUUAAAAUUCCCGUCCUGCACCAUUAAUAAGCCUUCCUCUCAGAGAUUUAUUUUGAAGAACAUGUCUGGAAUAAAGACUACCUUCAAUUUCAAGUCUAAAGAGUAUGAGCCAGAUGAUUUGGUUCUCCCAGUCAACAUAAAAGGGCAGUCCUCACUUGACAACAUUCCUAAUCAGGACAUUGACGAAAGUCUCACUAUCUCAAAGCCUGGAAGUAGGUCAAGCAAACGUGAAACCAAAAUCAGAUUUGCACUCUCCACAAAGACAAAGAAGGGACUCAAAGUCAAGCAGCUUAAGAGAGCUCUCUUGACGGACAGUCAUGAGCAUCAGAACAAGUUCCAGUCCAAGACUGGAGAGACUUUCACUGCUACAAAGAGGCUUGAAAGGGAACAAGCUUUCUACCUAUCGAACAACAAAGGUCUUGCUAUUGUGUUCAGCCCUCAUUUUGGAGAACUGAAGCCUCAUGAGGAGAUACCAGUUGAUGUGACUAUCUACAAUAAUGCUUGAGGAAGGUUUGAAGAUACUCUCGUAUCUGAAGUUAAAGGACUACAGCCAUUCAAAUUCCCCAUCUAUGUGUCUAUUAACGGAAGCCCACUUAUCAUCCCAGAAAAUCAGGUUGGGUUGAAUUACUACACCUCGCCUCCAACAAUGGCUUUUCCUACUGUUGUUGAAAAGAGCCCUCAACAGGGUAGAACUUUCAAGAUCAAGAAUACUGGGAUCGCUGAUGUAGUAAUCGACUGGAAGCUCUUUGACCAGAAAGAGGAAAAUAUUGCAAAACAACAGGAAAAUGACCUUUUCAAUAUAUCGAUAGGCAAAAAUACAGGAUUUGACUCAGAAGAUAACCCAUUCAAGCUCAAAUUUGACUUAAAUGAGCCUGAGCCAAGUGAGAACUCUCCUUUUGAAAUUGAGCCUCAAAAGGUGGUCAUCCCAGCCAAUGAGAUUCAGGUCUUUGAAGUCAAAUUCAACUCCACACAAGGUGUUGAUAAAUUUAAAAGUGUUGUUCUUGCUCACCCACAAUUAGCAGAGGACAUGGACGAGCCAGAGGGAGAUGAAGAGAACAAAGUUGAAGAAGUCCUUGAAACUCGUAAGACAUUUGACCUCUAUGACUACAACUCAGACUCCAGUGAGGAAAGAAACAGACAAAUGGGGGAGGAAGAAUCUCCUUACGACAGGCAGGCUUUAGAGACUCCAACAGAAAGGGCUCCCGAUAGCGACCAUGAUCCUGCCAAUGAUGUCAAGAAGAGAGAUUUAGGAAUAGUUGCGCUCAAACUAUUCGCCCAAACCAUUGAACCAGUCUUGUCAGUGGAUAUGAAACAAAAACUUGAUGGAGAAUAUUACUUCAAUUUCCAUCAAUGGCCAAUGAAUCAUGAAGAUGAGCCUUCAGAUGUGGAAAAGAUAUGACUCGUAAACGAGACCAAGGCAAACCUCGUGUUCAACAUUGGAACAGAUGGGCCUUUUGAAAUUGUUGGAUCAAAGACGAAUUCAGGGUCUAAUCAUCCUUUAGCUCCUUCUCGGCAACCAAGCAAGAAGGUAAAAUCCCUUCCAAUCACAAUGUUUGAUCUCCAACCAGACAAGAUAGUCCAAUUAAAGGUGAAGUUCCAUCCUCCAAACCCUCUAAACAGCAUGGAAUGGCCACUUGUGCAAAGCUAUGUUAAGAAAGGAUUGCUUCAGGUAGAAUUCGCAAAUGGUAAACAGCAAGGAUUCAACCUCCUGGGCAACCUUCUUAGACCUAGAGUCAAAGUUGUCACUGAGAAGCCGUGUAAAUAACGAAAAAGGGGUUGAUGAGAUCAACCUAGGAGAGGUCAACAUUGAGAACUACAGGACCUCACACUUUUACCUUAUUAAUCCUACUGCUGUCCCUGCUCGGUGGACUCUUAACUACGUCAAAUUCCCUAUGAAGGAGACUAUGGGAUACAUGACUAAAACACCAUUGGAGAUCGAAAAUCUUAAGAAGACAGAUGAUCCAGAUGUGUUUCAGUUCUACGUAACAGAGGGAUGCCUAAAAGGACCGAGCAUGCCGCUCAGAAUAACUCCAGAGGGCUUAGCCCUCCCUUCAGUGCCUCUUAACUCGGAAGAGGCUGAAUAUCUGCCUCUAAAAAUAAUGGUCCAGUUCAAUCCGAAGGCCAAUAUACUUUACAAAUCAAAAUUCAAAUUCACUGUUGAAAAUGGAAUGGACUACGAUCUCAUGUUCAAAGGAAAAGGAUCGUACGAAGAAGAUUAGAUAUUUAACAAUU